CAAAAAUAAAAGAAAAAACAUUUUUUAUUUUUUCUUCUUAUGUUUACUCAGAAUCACAAAACAGUUUCUUCUCUCGCUAAAAUUCUCAUCUCCGUAUGUCCUCCGAAACCAUCUCUCUCUCUCUCUCUCUCUAUAAAUACCGCAUUUGAAUCUUGUAUGAAUGCGGUUAUUUCUAUAUAAUCUUAACAGUUACCAGAUGAGGACAGUUUCCACGUGCUUUUCCAUUUUGCAAGUUCCUAGAUGCAGAAUCCCCACCCUAGCUAAUUCUUGGAGGGAAAGCUUUCACAGUUUGAGUAGGAGUGAUGGAAACAGUUCUAGCUUUAAGCUGCUCAGUUCCAAAAUCUAUGGGCUUGAUAGAGGUCACAACAAGAAAUGGACUCGAAGACCUGUAACUACAAAUGCAGAAGGAAGAAACAAAACCACCCAGCAUAGCAAACCAAGCAACAUCAGGCGUGAAAUUUUAGAUGGAGUGGUUUCAAAAAGUGCUACAAUUAAUGUAAAUAAAAAAGAGAUAAGUCAAUUCCAAAAAAAUCAAUACUGUGACAUUCAACAAAAGAUUUCUGAGAAUAAAGACCUGGCUGGCCUUGUGACGGUUAUGGUUUUCGAUCUCGAGACUACUGGUUUUAGCAGAGAGUAUGCACGGAUCAUUGAGAUUGCAGUUCAAGAUCUUCUGGGGGGUAGAAACAGCACUUUCGAAACACUAGUUAACCCUCAAUGCGAUGUUCCAAAUUCACAUAUUCAUGGCAUUACAAGCAGUAUGGUCAAUAAACCUGGUGUUCCAAGGAUGGAGGACUUGAUACCACUCUUACUGCAGUAUGUUAGAAGCCGUGAGAAACCUGAUGGAUACGUAUUGUGGGUUGCUCACAAUGCUCGCACUUUCGACGUACCCUUUUUGAUUAAAGAAUUUAGUCGCUGUUCCACAGAGGUUCCUCCGAAUUGGCUGUUUGUGGAUACACGGCCUUUGGCACGUGAGGUGAUGAAGUCCAAAGGUUCAAAAAAUUCAAGAAUUUCAUUGGAAGCCCUUCGCGAAUACUAUGAAAUUCCAUUGGUUGGUUCAGCUCAUAGAGCCAUGUCAGACGUGGCCUUAUUGUCUAUGAUUCUUCAGAGGCUGACUUUUGACCUGAAGUUGCCAGUAUCUGGUCUUGUUGAAAGAUCCUUCAGUGCCUCAGAUUGGAGCAACUCUAAAAAGAAGAAUUAGAGCUAGUUUCCAGCAAUGUUCUUGCUUAGCUACUAACUAUUUACUGUUACCAAUGACUGAUUGGUCUGUUGAUGUGGAGACUUCUGCUUGGAAUUCAUUGGUGUUACUGUUAGUGACACCACUUGGGGUGGCAUGCAAGCAUUAAUUGGGGGAGUGGGUUUUGUAAUUCAAAGAAACUGUUUUUUGUAAUUUUUAACACAAUUCAUUUCAAUAAAAUCUAUCAUUAUUUAUU